UGAAAAACCAAUGGUCGCAUUCUGACCAGGGCUAAACGGGCUGCCUAAAAUAAAAAAAUAUCCUGAUGCUUUUUAGGAGCGAUUUGACAAGCUUCUUCUAUCGCUUAUUCUCAAAGACCAAAAAGCCUACUGUAAAAUAUUUAGCUCCUCAAAAAAAUGCUCAAUUUUAUUUUUCACCCCAAUUUUAAUCCAAUGCACCUUGAGUUGUGCUCCGUUUGAAAAGCAGUCAAAAAAAUUAGAACUGCUUUAACAUUUAUCCUUUUUUUCCAAUUUUCUUAUUUUUCCAAAAUUUCUUUUUUUUCUUUCGUAUUGUUGAAACUUUUUUAGAAAUAUAAUUUUCAAGUUUUUCUUUUCUGAAAAAAUAUAUCCAAUUGCAAAAAUACAAUUUGCUCCGAUGUCCCCUAUUUUUACCCAACCGUAGACUCGAAAAACAGUAAAAAAGAGAUUUUAAAAACUCGGUUGAUUUUAACUUCAGAUUUGAAUCACUUUUAAAACGUUGCAGAGUUCGUGGCAAGAAAAAACUUUUAAUCAGAUCAAAUCAGAUUUCCUUCCCGUUUUUGUGAUAAAAAAUUAAUGAGAACGAAUAACCUAAACUAAACUAAACUAAACUAAAGUGAAUCGAUCGAUCGAGCGAGUUAUGUUUCGGCGUCAUUGUCGAUUUAUUUCGGGAUUUGCUUCCACAUCCACUUCGGAGCAUGUUUUGAUGAUUUUUCUCAUAAAUCAGGAAAUCCAACGAACAAAGAAAAAUCAUUGGGAGAAGAGAACGGUAAAUAUAAUUAUGCCGACACACGAAUCGAUUUCAUCGAGCUUUGCAAUUAGGGCGUGAUAUAGCAACAACGUUAACAUGAACCCUCGUUCAUGUCAUUUUCAUAUGUAAUUAUAAAAUUAUGAUGGGCCCUGAUAGACGCGCGAGAGUGUGAUUUUAUUGCGUUGCCCCCACCGUACAAAAAGACGACGAACGCAGAUUAUCCUGCGGGGAUAAUCACCGGGGCUAUAGACAUUGUCUUCCGGCGGAAAUGCACACAUAACUUGAAUUGCCAAGGUAAACGUGAUCAUAAUGGGAUUACAAUAUCCUAUUCAAUUUAGCGCACGAAUUUAAACACAUGCAUACGAUAAAAUGAAAAGCAUAAAAAAAUACAUUUGCAACGUCGAUCUCGUACAGUUGGCUGCGAAUCUCGAUCGACGACGUUCCGUGAAGCGAAAAAUGAUGAAACUCCACUGGAUUUUAACAGUUUUGUUAAAGUUUGUGUUGAACGAUCGUGUCGAAAGUUACAACGAAAAUAACGUCGCCGACAACGAGUUGGCCUGUCCAUACGACAGAGUUUGUGUUCCCAUUGACUAUUGUCCCGGUGUUGAAUCGCUGAUGGUUCAAAAGGCUAUUCCGGCUCAAAGAUUUCGACUCGCCAUUUGUGGCUAUGAAUCAACGAGACCAAAAGUUUGCUGCAGCCCGGCCGAAGAUCCCAAUUCGCCGGAUAGGAGACUACGCUUGGUUUACGAACACUCUGAACAGAGAUCCGAUUGUGGACGAUCUUUCGUGCCCACCAACGUUGGCGGCACCUCGGCCUUGGGAUCUUUUCCUUUUCUCGCGAAAAUCGGAUUUAUAAAUUUAAUCACCGGUGAAAUGAAAUAUCCUUGCGUGGGAACGCUCAUAAACGCGAGAACAGUUCUCACCACAGGUACAUGUGCUUUAGCCAAGUCGGAUAAAUAUAAAUUGCAAUCCGUACUAGUAGGUGAAUUUGACUCAUUCAAGAAUCCAGACUGCAAUGAUUUGUUUUGCGGACACGAACCGGCCUCUCACAAAAUUUCUUACGUCGUUAAACAUCCGGGAUUCAAUAGCGAAACUUUCGAGAGUAAUAUUGCUCUCGUCCGACUUCAAGAACCGAUCAACUUUACCGUAACAGCUCAACCGGCGUGCGUGUUCACAGGCCGUGAAUUUAACUUGCUAGAAAUGGACCAAGUUCGAUUGUUCGGUUGGGGUAAAUUAUCGACUGAGAUAAAUCCGUCCCAAAAGAUAAGAUCGAUGUACAUGCGAUUACUCUCUAGACAGGAUUGUUCGGACUUUGCGAAUCAAGGACUCUGCGUCGAGCUUUGUGCAAUUGGCGAACACGAACCUUGCGCAGGCUUUAGUGGAAGCCCGAUUAUAAGAUUGAAUGGAAAUAAAUACACAGUUGUUGGAAUAUUGUCGUAUGGUUCGCACUGCAACGAGAAUAGCAAUUCGCCAGUGUCGUUCGUCGAUAUUCAAAGAUACGCCGAAUGGAUCUUGAAGAAUUGAAUGAAAAUUGAACGUUCUGUUUGACUUUCUAUUUACAAAAAUAUUUACUUUAAUCCUUAAAGAUAGAUCAAUGAACACAAAGAUUGUAUAAAAUUAUGUACAAAUUUUACUUGUGCUUGAAUAUAUUUAAAUAUUUCCCCCUUGUCA